UUCUUUGCACCAUCAUCAAUUGGCAGAGAAACAACAAUCAUGUUCAACCUUCGUCGCCUUUUCGCGUCGGCCCUGUUCCUUGGGCUCGGCCUCCUCUUCCUCGCCCAGACGGCCGAGGCUGCCAAGGGUCCCAAGAUCACCCACAAGGUCUACUUCGACAUCACUCAGGGCGACCAGCCUCUCGGCCGCGUUGUCAUGGGUCUCUAUGGCAAGACUGUCCCCGAGACUACUGAGAACUUCCGCGCCCUUGCUACUGGUGAGAAGGGCUUCGGUUACGAGGGCUCUGCCUUCCACCGUGUCAUCAAGAACUUUAUGAUCCAGGGUGGUGACUUCACCAAGGGUGACGGCACUGGUGGCAAGUCCAUCUACGGUGACCGCUUCAAGGACGAGAACUUCAAGCUCAAGCACACCAAGAAGGGUCUUCUCUCCAUGGCUAACGCUGGUCGUGACACCAACGGCUCCCAGUUCUUCAUCACCACCGUCGUCACUUCUUGGCUCGAUGGCAAGCACGUUGUCUUCGGCGAGGUUCUUGAGGGCUACGAAAUUAUCGAGAAGAUCGAGAACAGCAAGACUGGAGCGGCGGACCGACCCGUCGAGGCUGUCAAGAUCGCCAAGAGCGGCGAGCUUGAUGUCCCCCCUGAAGGCCUUGUCGGCACAUCUGAAUUCGCUGCCGAAGAGGUUGCCUCCGCUGGCUGGUCUCCUAUGCAGAAGGCUGGCCUCUUUGCCAUCUUUGCUGGUGUCCUCUUUGUUGGUCUCCGCAGCGCCCGACAGCACUCUCGAUUCUAAACGACUCGAGACCCGGUACCACCUACAUAAAGAACAAGACAAGACAAUGCAAUACCUUACAAUCCAGACUCAAAUACUGUUUGAUAAUUUCAAUCUCGAUAUGUCUUUCAAUGUGACGAACCAACACCAAUUAGUAAACUCUAGCAUU